UGAUGUAUUUUCAGCUCCCCACAUUAAAACGUAGUCCGGAAUCAAAAAGUUUUGAUUCAAGCUCUACGGCUGCAGGUAACUCUGUUGACGUUGUUUAUCUAGUCACUUAGAUUCGAUGGCCCGAUCCACCAAGUUCAGCCAAGACGCUGAUGAUAUGGAUACUCAUUUUGCCAUCAUCAGGAAGAAUGAUUCGGGUAAAUCUGAUGAAACAGCACAUUUUAGACUACUGAAAUUUGAAGUUGAUACCAAAAAUAGAAGUUACAUUGACCAUUUGGCUACUAUGACUAUUUUGGGGGAAAUUAGCACGAACUACGAGCGUGGCUGAUUAAUGAUUUUCGAAAUUGCCAGAAGAAAGCGGCCAUGGGCAUCGUUGCUAUCAAAAAAUAGAGAUAGAAUAAAGCUGGAUGGGUCCGCAUUGGAAUUAGAUCGUGCUCUUAAUGAUGCGGUUCAUGAUGAAGUCGGUGGAGCCGUUGGUUUGCCAACUUGGAUUUGGCACAUUAGAGCUCGAAAUUCAUCAAAGUUUGAGAAAGAAAGGUACGAGAUGAGUCAGAGGCAAGAAAAGCUGAUUUUAAAUGAUCCAGAGAUCAAGGAAUUUCUCAGUAAGUUACUUAUCUCCUGGAAGUAUUGAACUCUUGAUUCUGAUCUCUAUUUACUAAUAAUAGAGAGCGCCACCUGGACUCCUCUGGGAUUAGGUAAGGAGCUUCGUGAUAGUUUUGUAAAGCCUCUCAAACAUUGCAUGGUUAACGGGCAGGAGGUCGACUAUAAGGAUCUCCUAGCGAAGAUUCGAGAGAUUUAUGAGAAGCCCGACAACUGCUGCCAACAAUUGAGGACAAAGUUUAGUCGACGCCAGCGCCAAAUCAUGGAGAAGUCUAUGAUAGAUUGGCUGGGAGAAGAUUGGGAGAAGGAAUGAGAAGAAAAGAGAAAACACAGAAGGCUUUUCGGGUGGUGAGGGCCGCACUGUUAAGGACUAGCUAGUACGACUCUGGUUUGGAUCUCUACGGGGAACCACUUUGCUUUUCAAAAGCUUGCGGCGAAUACUUCGUAAAGUACCUUUUAGGCUUCUCUAGUAUUGAUUUGAGGAUGCGGAGGAAAGGAUUGCGGGGUAGGGAUGAUGACCUCGGAUGGGUAUCCUACGGAAUGAGAGUGUGAUUAACAAUCUCAGCCCUACGGCUAGAAAGGGUAUGGCGGGGGAUGUUUGUG